AUGACCACCGUUGGGUACGGCGACAUUGUCGCCCAGAACUUCGGCGAGGUCUGCUUCGUCCUGGUCCUCCUGCUCCUCGCCUCGGUGGUCUUCGCCAGCCUGAUGGGAGAGCUCACGGACCUCAUAAGGACCCUCAACGCCCAGAAGAACAGCCUGCACGAGGAGAAGGUGAGAAUAUGCCAGUACAUGCGCUGGCGCAACGUUCCGAAGAAGCUGGCCAUGCCCCUGCGGACUCACCUCAUGUGGCUGUGGGAGGCGAAGGCUGGCUUCGACACCUACGAGGAGGAGAUCAAGCGCAUGCUGUCCCCCGUGCUCAAGCAGGAGCUCUCCUACCACAUCUACGGGCACAUGCUGCGAAGCGCGCCGUUCCUGCAGUGGCUCCGCAUGUACGAGCCCUGCCUCAAGGUCUGGAAGGAGAGGGGCUCCGCCCAGGAAGCGAUGAGAGGGGCGGAGGGCGGAGGGGCGGCGGAGGAGACGUGGCAAUCGUGGACGUGUUGGCAGGACAUGCCGGCUAGCGCUGGCAACAGCAAGAAGCCCAUAGCAAAUUGCUCCGGCUAUCAGUUGUCGCUUAAUUCUCGCGUGGCGGCCUGGGUUCUCCGUGGCCUGCUCCGCGAGGUCGCUCUGUCGUUCUCCUUCGCUUUCCCCCAAGAUUAUGGCAGCUGA